AUGAACCAUCUGGGAGCUAUUGACUGCUACGACAACAAGGAGGAGGAGCAAAAGCAACCAGAGCCUGUCUGUGUGCACACUCAAGAGCAGCAGCAUGCUCACGUGCAAGAUCAUGAGCUUGACGAUGCUAUAGGAGAACAACAUGACACCAAGAGAUCCUACCAGCAGCAACAACAAAGGUUAAUUAAACCGCACAUAUUCUCAUGCACAAAAGGCAGGAAGAGUAAGACGCAUGCAGCGAAAGUAGCGAAAUCAGCAGCCAACAAGACGUCACACCCCGUCAGAUGCGUGGAAUUCGGCCUGAACGGCAAACCUCUCGGGAUAAGGGCAUACAGUGGCUGCAACAUGGUGACCAAACAUAAUGCACGCACAUGCCCAAACUGCACAGAUGCUAUCGUAGACAAGCAAAAGAUGCAGAAGCAGAUCAGAGCCACCCAGGUUUCUACCACUGGACACGAUGCACAUAACAGCUCCACUUGCGGCAAGUGUGGGGGGACUGAUGGACAUAAUGCCUAUACAUGCAAACUGGGCAAGAUCAAUGGCAUAGAACAGAAACAGGGCAAGGUCCAGAGUUCCAAAAAAUCAAAAGAAGAGGAUGAAGAAGAAGAGUUUGACGAGCAUGAUGACCAAUCAGACAAAGACAAUGAAGAUGACAGUAUUUGGGAAGAGGAACCUGAAACUGACAAUGAAGCUGCCAUGGCUAAAGAAGGAAAUGAUGCCGAUAAAGGACUGCAUUCACAUCCAGUUAGAAGGAGCUCAAGACGGAAGAAUCCAUAG